CUAAUAUCUAAUAUAUAUAAGUGAGGAUGAGCAGGGGCAUUUUUGUCAUUUCAGGUGCUGUUGUAGAAAGCACUGCUUCUCAAUUCUAUCUCCAACCGCUUCUUAAUUCAUUUCUUUGCUCUGCUUCUGUUUAGUACCAAGUGCUUUGUUCUUCUUCUUCUUCUCCUUCUCCAGGUUUUCCCGUAGUUGUUUGAUAAAAUUACUCUUUCAGCUACACUUAAAUUUGUCCUACUGCCCUUACAACAACGAAGUGGCUACUUGAGAUUGUAUCUAAUUGUGUGCUUCAUUUUAUUUUGCUUUCUGUUUUACUUUUUCGUGACCAUUUACCUUGGUUUCCUUGUUCGAUUUAUGAGUUUCUUCUUUAACUGAGGUGAGUAAUCUGUCAUCACUAUUUUCUGCCCAAUUAUUUGGUCCUUUUUCACUUUGAUUUGGAUUCUCUUACUGUCCUUCAUACUUGUAAUAUUUCGCAAGCUUCUGCAGUUCGUUUCCACUUUGAUUUGUAUUUUCGAAUAUUGACAGCAAAGGAUGGUACUUCAAAACUUUGGACCGUAUUAAUGCUUAACAAUUUAGGGAGAAGAAAGUCUAAAUAGCUAUGGGGCUAAAUUUUUUUUUGACGUUUCAGCAGUCUGUAUCAGCUAAUUUCAGAGUAGUUCAAUGUUUCGAGACUCGGCUGCCUAUAUUGGAGGCUUAGCAAGUGAAUUCCUAAUUUUACACCUCGGGAGUAACUGGUUUGAUAAAUCUUCUCCUAUCAAUCUACCACAUUCGAAAGUUCGCCAUCUCAAAAAUUCUCUUCUCUCAGGUCAUUAUGAAAAUUCUUUAAUCAACAUAGGGAUAGAAGAAGACGAGUCGCUUGUUCUUGAUUCAGAUUUUCUUGUGCCAAUGAAAGCUUGCUCGGCAUGUCUAAGCUCUAUAUAUUAGGGCCAAGCUGUAUGUGAAAAGUGUACAUUUCAUGAGACUACCCAUCUAUUAACAUGUGGCCGCUGUUUUGCUUAAUCAACGUAUUUGUCUUUGUGGGAAUGAUAGUAGAUAGUAGGAAAUGAAUGAAUUUAGCAUCUUAUUGUAAUUUAGCAUUUGAGAUUUCUAUUUUGCCGAUAUACUUUCAUCUUAAAAAAACAAAGAGUAUGAGAAAAUCUAUCAUUUUUUUCACUCAGUUUUACAUUUGACUCUUAUCGGAAAACUGAAAUACCAAAAGGCUGUCAGCUGAAGAGGAUUUGGAAUUGCUUGUUUAGUAACACUCAAAAUAUGUCAGCAGAUGAGAAAUCCCUCUGGACAAGGGUCAAUUCUCUAUGUUGUCUUCUUCAGAAGGAUCCUAUUACAGUUAAUAAGAGUGAGAAUUGUGUUGAUGUUGCAGUUGGAGGAAAGAACUGAUGAAUUGAUCAGUUUCUUUCCCGCAACAAAAAGUGGAAAGAAGGUUGAAGAUUCUGAAGAUUCUGCUGCAGUAGAGUAUGAAUCAAAUGAUCCAACUCGGUAAAUGUCAAGAAAAGACUCGGUAGGCGAUCUGUUGCUAAAUCUUUCAAGAAUUGCGUCAUGACCUCAGUUUUUGUUCAAUAUCUACGACGAUUCUGAUUACUAAGCUAGAUAGCUAUCUGCUUGGUUUAUUAUUAUCCUCAAGGAUUGUGAAGUUAUUACCCUUGCAUAUAGCAGGUGUAGUCCAAAUAGCUACUAUGUUCAGUUUAGAAUUUGACAUGCCCACAAAAAAAUGUGUUGUUGGGCCCGUCCUUAGCACGAGCAAUUCCUCACUAAUUUCUAAUAUAAGUGUUGUAAGAAGGAAAUUAUUUACUAAACCUUUUGGAAAUUAUUUACUAAUUUUUUAGGGUAA